UGGCGAGAGUAUCCGAAUGUACUGGCAGCCAUUUUUAAACUGCUCACCUGCAACAAGAGUAGAGAGACGAGAAGAGACAUGGACGUUAAUAAAAAUUUUCAAUGGAUAUUUACGUAAAAUAAUAAUAAUAAUAACUAAUGGAUUUUAUUUAACAUUUUAUUUUAUAUUUAUAAAUACUGUGGGUGAUUUUAUUUAAAGGUGAUUCGAUUAGAAAUUUAUAUUAAAAAAAUAUAUAUGUAUAUAUAGAUAGAUACACAUAUAUAUAUAUACAUAUAUAUAUAUAUAUAUAAAGUUGUGAUUGAGAAGGAAAGACAACACGGAUUUAUGAGGAAAGUGAGAUAGAAGAGGGUUAACAACUGGAAGUGAGAAAAGGAGGAUAUAACGAAGAAAUUAAAGUGAGAAGUUGGUCUGGGCUAAAUAACUAGCAAAGGGGCCCUGUGGAUUUAAACUACAGUCGAAAUGGUGGACUGUCAACAUCAAGUAAAAAUGAUAAAAUGUUGCUAAUUAAUAGUGGUAAAUUAUUUAAAUGUACGAAUAGACUUUGACUAACAGCUUUGGGGCAUUAAUUCAUUUUAUUAUUAUUUUUUAAUUUUCUUAAAUUUAUUUUAACGAUAUUUAUUUUUAUGUUGUGAUAUUAAAUCAUUAUCGUGAUUAUAUUAUAUUAUAAUAAUAAUAAUAAUAAUAAUAAUAAUAAUAAUAAUAAACGUCGUGGUUGAUAUCGUCGUCAUCGUGGUUGUUGUCGUUGUGAUCGUAAUCGUCAUAACCAUUGACGUCUUAAAAAUAAUAAAAUAGUCGAGACAGAAAGAUGUCAGUUUCAAUAAUAAUAUAUAUAAGAGAGAGUAUACAUAGUACAGAGAUAGAGACUGAGAGAUGUUAAGUUCCGUCAAUAAUGGGAGAUAAUGUGCACAGAAAAUCGCACAAACCGUCGGAAAAUAUCAAUAAAAAACAAAUUAACGCAAUUAAUCGUACGACAACGGAGACUAUGAGACUUGGUGAGCCAGACAGAACACACCCGGCGUUGGGUCUGUCUGUGCCUAGCAACAUCACGCCGAGUAAUCAGUGCAAGAAAAAAACAUCGUCAUUUCAAAUAACAAGCGUCACUGUUGGCAGCCGUAUGAGUAAUGACGCCGGUGAAGAUUCAAAUGAUGAUCUUGAUGAGUCACACGGUGAAGAUACGUCUAUUGAGUUAUCGAGAAUUACGGAUAUCGAAACACCCAGUUAUUCAGAGGAUACAUUUUCAAAAGAGGAUGUUUUUUUUAAUGCCAGUAAUGCUGCUUUAAGUACUGCACCCGUUAUACCGACUAGUUCACAGUACGGACUUGCCAUAGUACCGUCCGAAGGUGGUAAUGUUAAUAAUUCAACAAACGACACCAAUAUUAAUACGCUUGAUAUUGCAUCUGUUACUGAUAAUAAUAUUAUUAAUUUGUUGUCGAGUACCGCUAAACAGGACACGGAUAUCCGGGAGGUACACUCACAUGGACGUAAUGAAAGAUUUAAAGUUGUCAAAAUCGAAAGCACGGAACCAUUCAAACGGGGCCGAUGGACGUGCAUGGACUACCUUGACCACACUAAUUCUGUUAAUCAGUCAAAUGCCAUUGGUACACCAAAAGUAUCCGAUCCAAAUGAAGUAUGUAUAUCAUAUGGUGUCACGGACGGUGGAAUUAUUGCGUUAGAUCCGUCCAAGUCUUUGACUUCUGAAGACAACGGCAUCAUAAACGUCGAUAUGAAUGGUCAUGCGACACAUCAAGAUAUUAUUAGCUCGAUGAUUUCAAGUACAGCUGCUGCUGCUUCUGCUUCUUCUUCUUCUUCGACUGCUGCUGCUACGGCUACUGGUUAUCCUGUUAGUAAUAAUUCGUUACCUCAGAGUGUGCAGCGCAAUGUACCCCCGGUUCAAACACAGCCGCAGGUUCAACAGCCUACUCAGAUACCCCAAUACUUCCAGUCAUCACCACAACAACAACAGCAACAACAACAACAACAACAAUUAGCUUCUCAACAACACCAACAUCAGCAACAAGGUGGACAGCAACAAGGUUCGACGUUACCAGCAAAUUUACAAAAUACACAUCCUAAUAAUUUGGGACAGCCUCAAAGUAUGCCUCAAGGCUCUAUUCCUAUUAUUACUCAGACUAAUAAUAACAAUGUGACGCCACAACAAAAUAUAAGUCAUACGAAGGAGGAUAAUACGUAUGUAACAGUAAGCUCACAAAAUCAAUCCAUGCCAGGUCAAAAUGUUUGUCAGUCGUCAGUACAAUCAUCAACACCAGGUUCUCAGGCAACCAACAUCCUUGUUACGCAACAUCAGCCUCAACAACAACAACAACAACCUCAACAACAGCAGCAGCAGCCACCACCACAACAACAAGGAUUACAGGCACCAACAUCAAUGACUCAGAUUUCCGAGCCAAUGAACACGUUGCAGAACAUGCAAGGUAUGCAGAGUAUCCAUAAUGUCCCUCAGUCAGGUGGACAGCAACCAACUUCAACAAUCCAUGUUCCUGGUGGUCCUCUUCCCAAUCAAGUUAUUGCUCCAACGUCAAUGCAACAGCAGCAGCAACCCCAGCAGCAACAACAGUCACAACCAACGGGUGGUGCUAAUACUCAGGUACAGAUGACCCAAGUCUCUGGCAACUGUCAAAAUGUUGUCAGUGGAAUUCAACAGCAGCAGCAGCAAGGUUCUAUGGGUUUUCAUCAACCCGACAUAGAGCUGGACUCAAUGUCGGGAGGACUUAGUAAUGCCGGCAGUAGUCAAUUAGCGGACGCGGCGCUCCUUGAAUGCCUUGCUGAGGUAACACAGACCAAUGAUGACCAUCAUACACUCGAAGACAAUGAAAGUAUGUCGGGGACAAGUGCUGUAGCUAUUGAUAACAAGAUUGAACAAGCUAUGGAUUUGGUAAAAAGUCAUUUAAUGUUUGCUGUAAGAGAAGAAGUUGAAGUAUUGAAAGAAAAAAUAGCCGAGUUAAUGGAUCGUAUAAAUCAGCUCGAGGCUGAAAAUUCAAUUUUAAGAGCACAUGCGACUCCCGAAACACUGGCUCAAUUGAGCCAAUCGACAACCAAAUUACCCCAAAAUAACAAUCCAGCAAGUGGUCAAUAGGUAAUCAUCCGAUGUAAAUAAUAUAAGUUUCUAUCAAUACUUCGUCUCAUAAUUGAUAAUAUAAUUAUUGUAUAUAACUUUACGAUUUUUAGAAAUUUAUAAAUAAUGAGAUUUAUUAUAUUAUACAUAUUAGUAUUAGCGAAAAAAAAAAAAAAAAAAAAAAAAAAAAAAAAAAAAAAUGGAAAUGAAAAAGAAAAGCAACAUUUUUUUUUUCUUUUUUAAACUAAGUAAAUUAAAAGUUAUAGAUUAUUUUUUACUAUUGCAGUUUAUUUAUUUCAAUUAAAUAUAUACGUAUAUGUAUGUAUAUUUUACAAGUAUAUAUUUAAUUGGAAAAUAUUACUUUUCUCAAACAACUAUAAUGGCUCGACACGCUUCAUUUUACAAUUAUACUUAAAAUUAUUAUUAUUAUUUUUUAAAAAUUCAUUGGGCCUGAAAUAAUUUAAUGGAAUUUUAACAGACAUACACAUAUACACACAUACAUACAUACGAAAAAUAAAAUAAAAUAAAUGUCAGGGACGCAUUCGUGAGUGAAAAGAGAAAAAAUUACUGACUUAUAAAAAAAAGAGAAAACAGCAUGUAUAUAUAUGUAUAUUGUUUUUGCAUUUGUUCUGUGUAUGGCCGAAAAAAUGAAAACAAAUUCUUCAGUGCAUGAUAAUUAAAUUAUAAAUUAUAUUAAAUUAAAAAUAAAAUGAAUUUAAAAACUCAAUGACAAACAAAAGUAAAAAGCAAAUAAAAUUACACAUUAAAAAAAAAUUAAUUGUAUCUUAAUUUUAACCAGGUAGUUCUAAUAAAUCAGCCGCAGCGUAUUUUUUAUCAGUUUAAGAUAGUCCGCAAUUAAAAAAAAAACCAACAUGAAUUUGAUUUAAUUUAAUAAAAUAAAAACUCAAGUGAUCAAGACGAAGUUAAUUAAGUAAUUAAGUUAAAUUAUUAAUUUGUAUUCACAUAUGUAAUAUUAUUUCAUAAAUAUCGCAAUAUUUCGAUACUUUUUUUAAUUUAAAAACAAAAAUUUAAAUAAACGUCAUUUAACAGAAGACAAGAGAAAAUAAUAAUAAAUAAAAUUGACUAUUAAUUAAAACUUUAUCCAAAUGUGCUGUUUUUAAAAUACUCACGUUAAAUCUCCAAGUGACGCGUAAUAUAAGUAUGAGUGAUCAGAUCAAUAAAUAAAAAAAAAUUAUAUAUUCAAUUGAUUAUUAAUUUACGUCAGCGAAGUAAAAAAAAAAAAAUGAAGUUUUAAAAUUGUCUGCACCUGAAUUCAAGCCUAAUAAAAAAAAAUUUUUUCCUUUUGAUUGUAUCAUUUUUCUCCGACAUAUAUUAUAUAUAUCCCUUAUUUAUUUUUUAAAAAUUUACCAUAGCAUGGUGCGGGUACAACAAAUAAAAAAGAAGUAACUUAUAUUAAUACAAAAUUAUAAUACGCCAUCUUUCUAUCAUUAAAAUUUCUUUAUUCUAAA